AUGGGGCCCCCAGGCAAUAAGGGAUCAUGGGGCCCCUGUGUCCUUGCCCAAACUAAAAAAAGCCUAUGAAAAAGGUACCAGGGGCAUCUCAUGGGGCCCCCUACUUACCCCAGGCCCUCGGGCAGUGCCCGAGUUUCCAAAUGGUCAGUCCGCCACUGGGAGUGAGUACACUGCGGAAGGAAUGUACAGUGUGGAUCUGUGACAGGUACAUGAAUUGGGUGCAAGCACAGACACCUUAGGCGCUGCACCCUGAUGUAAAUCUAAAGAGGACCUUUCCUAUCUGCAUGUUUUUAGUCCACAUCAUUAUGAACCAGGAAAAGAUAACCAAGGUGUUGGUAAUGGUGCUGGAAGCUGCAUGACUGGAAGAU